AUGGCCAAGAUGGAGGUAAAGGGAAGAGGGCGGCGUCCAACAGGAAGCGGCUCUUUUAUAGGGAGGAGCUGCUGGACCUGCAGCUCCCCCGUGUGGUCCUCCUCUGUACUCCACCUCCAACAGACAGACAACAUUAGUGUGGGAUGUCACAUUCCCCCCCAUAAAAGACAGGUUCCCCCAGGAAUCCUGGCCAAGAACACAGCGGACCUCAUCAUCUUCCGUGGCCCCGGGACAGGGAAACCUCCACCUGCCGUCCCGGCGUGGCUUAGCACGGUGGUCGACAGACAUGGCCUCCAUCCACCUUACAUGGCACCUCAGCCGCCUAGACGGCCCCGGGACGAGGGCUCCUCCACCGUGCUGUCCCGGUGUGGCAUCGCACGGUGGGUGAUAAGGUUCUUCCUCUGCCCGCAUGAUGUCUGUACCUUUGCUACGCCACCUAGGAGAGGGAUAGGAAGACAACCCUCCCUACAACCCUGGAGCGCGCGACAGGGCAUCAGCUACAACAUUGUCCUUUCCUUUGAUGUACCUAAUCUCCAGUGA